AUGAAAUUUAAAUCAAUAUUUGCCUUCUUCGAUCUCAUCCUUUUGGUCUCGGCGACGCAUUUAUCAAAAGGUGCGCUCGGAGAUCCUGUCGAAAAUAGCCUCUUUGAUUCUUUUGUGUCGUUACCCAUAAGCUCCAAAAAUGUGAUUCGUAAUUACACAUUAAAACUAAGAAAGGUUCUUCUUUCUCCUGACAAAUUUGCUCGUCAAGUAUGGUCAGUGAAUGGACAAUAUCCUGGUCCCCUGAUUCGUGCAAAUGUUGGUGAUGUACUUAACAUCACUGUCAUCAACAUGCUUGGCGAUCCAUCCUCAAUUCAUUGGCACGGCCUUGAACAAAGAAACAAUAAUUGGUAUGAUGGAGCUACUGGAGCCACUCAAUGUCCUAUUCCAAACGGGGUCAAUUUUUCAUACGUGCUUAACCUCACACAGUCCGGGACCUACUGGUAUCAUUCACAUUUUUUUUCCCAAUACGUUGACGGCUUAAAGGGACCAAUCGUUAUUCAUGAUCCAAACGAUCCUCACAAGAACAAAUUCGAUUUAGAAUAUGUGAUGACAGUUUCCGAUUGGUAUCACAAUCCGACGGGCAGUCCAGGCAUGCUACCAUUGUUUCGUAGCAAAAAUUAUUUCGGAGUCGACCCUCUACCUGAUUCCGGUGAAAUUAGCGGAGUCGGACAUUACAAUUGUACCAUUCCGACGUGUGAUCCCAGCGAAUUCGCCACAUAUAAUGUACAAAGUGGAAAAAGAUAUAGAUUCAGAAUAAUUAACAUGAGUGCGAUGUCACACUUCCGAAUUUCCAUUGAUCAACACCCACUCACUGUCAUCGAAGUCGAGGGAACGGCAAUCGAACCAAUCACGGUUGACUCGCUUCCAAUCAAUAUUGCCCAAAGAUACUCUGUGUUAGUUGUGGCCAACCAAUCUGUUGGAAAUUAUUGGAUCCGAGCGAAUCUUUCACAUUGUAGUCUACCAAGGGAUAAUCUAACGAUUAACUAUGACACACCCUUACUUACGAACACUCAUAUCACCGGUAUUCUUCGCUACGAUGGUGCGCCUAUUACAAAUCCCACUUCUGAGGCAUAUCCUGCCAACACAUCUGAUUGCUACGAUCUCGACCCUUUGAUCUUGAAACCCCUGAACCCACUGAGUCCAGCGGUGCCACAACAUACGAAUGUCACACGCAUCAACCUAGAGAUCUCUUUCCGAUUUCUGCGGAUAGGCGAUGACUACAUAGCAGGCGCAGCAAUCAAUAAUUCUACGUACCAUCCGUCUUUUACCUAUCCGUCAAAUCAAAAGGUCAUUGAUAAUUACCGAUUUUCAACCUCCGACAACGCAUAUACCUAUAACAUUUAUAACGAACCUAUUGAGAUUCUUGUGAAUAAUACCGAAAAUCGAACUCACCCCUUUCAUUUGCACGGGCACACAUUCUGGAUCGUCGCCCAAGGUGUGGUGGGUAGCUAUAAUCAAUCACUCAGUUCUCUAGAGUAUGAUUAUGACAAUCCUGUUCUCCGUGACACAUUAACCAUUAAGGAGCUUAGCUUGACAGUAAUUAGGUAUUACGCUAAUAACCCAGGCGUUUGGCUAUUUCAUUGUCACGUCGAAUGGCACGUUGAGAUGGGAAUGGUUGCCCAGUUGAUAGAAUUACCAGAUGCACUUCGGAAUUUAUCUAUUCCCGAAAGUGUGACCAGCCUUUGUCAUUCGUAUGAUAACCGAUAA